AUGAGUAAAGAGACCAUCGUACGCCGUUUACGGCCAUCCCUCUCACACCGCUUUCAAUGCCUUCAUCAACCCACUCAAUUCGCCCAUUCAUUCAGUCUUGGGCCAAUGUUGUGUGCGCAAGGUGCUCCCCGAGAUGUGACGCAUGAUUACGAGAAGCGAAUCACGCAGUUGGAUUCCAGCAUUCCUCGACUAGAGUGGUAUCCUCGCCUUCCUGCCGUAGCCAAAAUAUCGCAGAUUCAAAAGAAUUCCUUGGAAAAGCGCUAUGAAAGUUUGCAACCAGAUGAAACAAAUGAAGAGCAGGAGAUCGCGGCGAUAGGUCGGAUCACAUCGAUUCGUACAGCGGGAUCCAAGCUCGUAUUCCUCGAUAUUGAGACGUCUGGAUCUGUGCAAGCUGUCGUGCAACUCAGUCACCUCGUGAAGUCAGACCCUGACCUCGAUGUCCCACGAUUCAAAAGUUUCGCGAAACUCGCGCGUGUUGGUGAUGUGUAUAUGGUGAGAGGCCAUGCUCAUCGCACGGCUCGGGGCGAGCUUUCGGUGUUGGCUUCUCAUCUGCCCAAAUUGCUGGCUCCAUCGCUUCAUCAGGUCCCUGCUGUAUUGGAAGAUGCGUCCACGCGCGCGGCUCAACCGCAUGUCGAUAUGCUCGUCAAUCCCGUUGCUGUGCAGACAUUACGCGUCAGGCACCAUGUCGAGCGUACCUUGACAGAUUUCUUAGAUGAUCGUGGUUUCACGAAAGUGACGACACCGAUACUUUGCGCGUCUGCUGGUGGUGCUGUAGCCAGACCCUUCGAGACUGUAGCUACUGAGCUCGCCCACGAGACCCUGCAACUACGUAUUGCCCCAGAGCUGUGGCUCAAGCGCCUGAUCAUCGGCGGUUUCAAGCGAGUUUAUGAAUUGGGACCAGCCUUUCGGAAUGAGGGCGUCGACGCCACUCAUAACCCUGAGUUUCAGAUUUGUGAAUUCUAUCAAGCGUAUGCUACUCUGGGCGACCUAAUGACCAUGACGGAAGAGCUCCUGAGAGGCAUGGACGCAGCAAUCAAGAAAGCUUGCAGCUCUGAGAAGCUCUCUGCAAUCCCAGCAUGUAAAGUUGACUUGACCUCACCGAAAUUUAAACGAGUCGAAUUUCUACCUGCUCUUGCCGAGAAGAUAGGUCACUCACUACCCGAUCUAGACUCGUCGACUGCCACCUCCGACAUCGUCGCGCUUUUCGAGAACAAUUCUCUCCCGAUUCCUGCAUCACCGACCCUACCACGCUUGCUGGACGCCUUAGCCGGCCACUACCUCGAGCCUGCCUCCAACGAGUCUCCACUCUUCAUCAUCCACCACCCAGCCUGUAUGAGCCCGCUCGCAAAGCAUUUCAUCUGCGAGACCACCGGUCAAACAGUCUCUGCACGCGCCGAGCUCUUCGUGCAAGGCCGCGAGUUCGCGAACAUGUACGAGGAAGAGAACAGUCCGUUCGUACAGGAAGAGAAAUUUGCACAACAGCGGGCGCUACGCGGCGAGUCUGCCGGCGUUGCGGGAGGUGAUCUCGAGGCCAUGACAGGUGAUGAGGGCUAUGUGCGAGCGCUGGAAUGGGGCUUGCCGCCGACGGGCGGAUGGGGUUGCGGUGUCGAGAGGCUUGUCAUGUUAUUCGCUGGACGGGACAGGAUCGCGGAUGUCUUGCCGUUCGGACAUUUGAGGAACGUGGUGGCAUUAGGCACCGCGGACAGGUUAGUGGGGAAGAAUACGAAGGAGGAAGUCUGUGGGUGA